GUCGCCAUUUGGCACGAGGACUUGCCAUUGUGGCGUGGGGGAGUUCGCGGCCCCGACUAUUUUCACGAUCGCACACCUGUCUGUAUGCCGUGCCUCCCUCCUUAGCUGCACCUCUCACUGUAGUACCCUGUGCUUGCCCAUGUCGGGUAAGGAUGGUUAUUGUCCACGUGGGAGCACGAGUGGUUCUUCUUGCAGCUGCCGUCGUAAAGCCGGGUACUACAAGUGGUGCUAUUCGUUCAGCCAGGUCAGCGCGUGCGAGAAGGGCGAGCAGUGGCAGCAGGCGCUGGCGCUGCUGAGCGAGGUGCGGGAGUCUAGGUCAGAGCCCGACGUCAUCAUCUCUACAACGCUGGUGGUACGCGUGUGAGAGGCGACCCAUGGCGGCAAGCGCUGUUAAUGCUCAACGAGUUGCGGAGAUGAGCCGAGCGAAGUCAGUUACAAGUUGAGCGUGUCAGCGUACGAGAAGGCAUCUCGCAACUCAGCAGGAUUCCCAGGCUCUUUUCAGAUCGUUUGUCACGCUUUGAGUGAGAUUACGAAGCAUUGUGUGUGUGAUCAUGGCAUGCAGCCAGUGCGACUACGACGGCACACAUCAUCCUUUCAAUGCUUGGGUGGCCAAUUUGUCGCACAGGAAGCAUUCUCGAAAGUCCGUGGGUCCGCACUUGCAAGCUACAGCGCCGGGAUCAGCGCGUGCGAGGAGGGCGAUCAGUGGCCGUGGCAAUGGCCUUUUGCUCUUCUAGGUGGAAUUCGGGAGAUGAAGAUGAGGCCCGACGUUUUCUUCAGCUACAGCGCUGGGAUCAGCGCGUGCGAGAAGGGCGAGCAGCGGCAGCGGGCGCUGACGAUGCUGAGCGAGAUUUGGGAGGCGAAUCUAGGGCCCGACACCAUUAGACCUCCCUCCUCUUCAUCGUCAUGCCCUCUCGUCCCCGCGCCACCCUCUGCGUGCCCCAGGGAGUGGCUGGGCGGCGACUACAAGCAGCCUCAGGCCCCGAUCAUCGCUCGUCCGAUUCUUACGGAGAUACCCAGGCAUCGGGGCCAGGAGCCCUAGGAGCAGCCACCAGGACUGGCCGCUGGCAGGGCAACUGGCUCCUCCGCGGAGCCCAAGAAUGUUGCCAGGGCGGCCUCCAGACGGCCUGGUCACAC